ACUGUGUUGGACAGAAAGACAGUCGCAGAUUCGUCUAUUUUUCAUCUCUGAUCAUACAAGAUUGAAGAUCAUUCCCUCCAACAUAGUUCCGUUUUAGCAGGAAGUCGGUCCUGUUCAUGUGAGGAACUGGAGAGAGUCAGUGGGAGGAUCGAGGACGCAGCACUGUCUUGCUUGCGAUGAUAUCAUAACACUGCAACGAGAGGACAGUGAGCAUCGGCAUCCCUCGGCGAGUGACCGAAAUCCAUCCAUGAAUGCAACCUGAGCCCCCCUCUGCACCAUAGUGAAGUAGCCGCCUUGUGUUUUGAGCUGCAGAUGAUGUAGAGCGGGAGAGAAAAAGGCAGGCCAGUCAUGGGGAAUAAGAGGAGGAGGAAGGAUGCCAGUUGAACCCCCUCAUCCCUCUACAGUGGGACCGCAGCCAGCAUCGACCUAAAGAGACAGAGAGGAUGGCUCAGUCUAUGAGGAGGAUGGACAUCUCCAUGGACCACAAGCCGCAGAGGGACAAGACCCGGACCAGCUACUUUGGGAAUGUGAAGACCAGGCUGGGCUCAAAGUUGCCCUCGGGGGUCUCUCAGCCUUCGCAGUGCGCCAGUCGGCCCCAAGACACUCAACCUCAGGCCCGAGGCUUGCAGGAUCCUUCAGCCAGCAACAAGCAUCAUCGUCAGUACCAAACCCCACCUGGCCGACCUCUGGACCACAUCCCGCACAUCAGAAACCCGAUACUGCGGCAGUAUUAUCUGCAAGGGACCUCAUGGGACACCAACACCGCAGUGAAGCAAGAUCAAAUGGGACGAUUGUCACAUGAGGGCAAAAGCAACACGGAUGAGUCAGUGUUCAGCAUCUCAUCCCGCUUCGGCAGCGGUGACACAGCUCCCCGUUCGCAUUCCCGGUCACAAUCGUCACCUUUGUGCUCUACGCUCCUCUGCACGGAGCAGGAGCGAGCAGAGGAGCGCAAGAUCGCCAUAGCAGCCGACCCGGACGGUCAAAAGGAGAAGAGGACGCUGGAGAUGGUUCCAGAUUCUUUGGAUCGACUCGCUGCUCCCGCCCAGUCACCCUUGCCGGAAGCAGAAUAUGACAAACUACUGGAUGUGGAGGCGGUUCCGAUGCCUGACGGACAGCUCUGCCUUUUGGCUCUACCGCCUGAGUGCUGUCAGGGGGAGGGUCCAGAUGCUACGCCUUACCUCAAAUUGUUCUGCCGCCACAUCACUGACCGCAAGGGUGUGGUUUCCGGUAUCCUCCUGGUGACGAAGAAUAAGAUUUUCUUCGACCCGUGCAAGACACAUCCACUGGUGAAAGAGCAUGGCUGUGAGGAGUACCUCCUGUCGUUGUCCGUGGACAAGCUGGCAUCUGUCUCCUUCUUCUCAGACAUCUCGCAUGUUCACUUCCACUACUCCCAGCAGAGGAGAAAAGGGAAGAAACUUUUCCACAGGCUGAAAAAUGUCAAGAGCCAGGAUCAGAAGGGGGGGUCAGUUUCACUUCUGGCACCUGCAGAUCUCUCUAGUUUGAGUCUCAAAGAGGAGGCUGCUGCAGAAAGUGAACAAACCGACAGAAGAAACGUGUCUGAGGAACAGCUUGAUAAGAGCCCGUCCGAGAUGUUGUCAGAUGUUUCCGGAGGAGCUCUCGGCGUGGCUGCCACCUUCUGCUGCGGCGCUCCAGAGGUGUCCAGUCAAGUGAAGACAGAUGGGGCGCAGUCUUCUUCUGUGGGGAGUCAGCCUUCAGCGCCAUUGGGGUCCUCAGCAGAAAGUCCCCGGUGUGUCAUGUUUGUGCGGCUGCGGGUUCAGUCGUCUACAGGAAAGAAAAAGCGUGCCGGAGGGUUUCAGUUUGGCAUAACUGAAGCGACUGCUGCCAGCCGGGAAGCUUGGAUCGCCCUUUCACAGGCGAGCUCCGAUGAGCUGCACGCUUUUCUUAAGCACCGUCGACCCGACUUGUGUCUGCUCAAGUUAGAAGGAGGAGGAGAAGAGGGUGGAGAGACGGAUCACAACGAAGAGGAGUUUGUACUGGUGGAGGACAAAGACAACGAUGACGAGGAGGAGGAAGUGUUACAGAAGCAGCACAGCUCGGGGGACGACUGGGAGAUGGUGUUGAUGGAGGACAACGGGGAUAAGCCAGGCCUGCUCGCUGACCGGGACCCGGACGGACUUAAUGCCAUUGUGGAGAACAGUCACAUUUUGGAAGCCUCACAUGUCAGAGAGCUGUGCAAGGAGUUGCCCCCCAAGACAGUGGGCCAUACCUGGCAGUUGACGUACAGCACGUCUCUCCACGGCUCCAGCCUCAAGUCCCUCUACCGCAAAGUGAGCGCUACAGACUCACCCGCUCUCGUCGUCAUCAAAGACGCCCUGGACGAGGUAUUCGGGGCUUUCCUCUCGCACCCGCUGAGGCUCAGUGAGGUGUUUUACGGCACGGGAGAAACGUUUCUCUUCAUGUUGCAUCCUCGAUUCAAGUGCUUUAGAUGGACUGGGGAAAAUUCCUUUUUCAUUAAAGGGGACUUGGAUUCAUUCGCCAUUGGCGGAGGAAGCGGUCACUUUGGUCUAUGGGUGGAUGAGAAUCUGUACCUGGGCCGCAGCAGCCCCUGUUACACUUUCAAUAACUGUUGCCUCUCAAAAACCGACGACUUCCGAGUCAUGGAGCUGGAGGUGUGGACGUUCAGCUGAGGCGUCUCACUGGUCACUUGCCGCAACUGACACAUUUCAACAUGGCUGUCAUUUCAUAGUACCCGUCAGGUCAAAUGAAUUUGGAUGAGUCAGAUUUUGGAGCACAGGCUGCCAGAAGGGACAAUUUAAUGGAUGACUCAUUCGUGCAGGCACGCUUUCAGACUAUGCACUUUGCUCCGUGUGUGAAUCAGUCGUGGAUCUUCAUGCCCAGCCCCGUAACCACAUUAAGUUUGUAAAAGACGCUCAUGAACAGUAUUAUAUUGUGCAAUCAGAUGAUUCUGAUUCUGAUACUCGUAUAUUACAUAUGCUAAUGCUCCCUUCUUGACAGAAUGUCAUCAAUAAGUGUCACAGGCUGAGUAAAAUAAAAAGAUCUGUACUUAGAA